UUCAUUUUGCUACAAUGUUGAUGGUUUCUUUUGUUUUCAACUGCAAUUUUUAGCUGUCUGCUUCUUCUUAACAGAUGAGAAUAAAGAGAUGCAAGUUCAGCCAUUUGAGGCUCCUUUUGCAACAGAAAAUAAAGUCAAUCAGUAAACUGAAUAAACUAUAUUUUUUCAAUUUCAUAUAUCAAACAUACAUUUACAAGCAAAGCAAGUUAUACAUAAUACAUUUUAUAAAGUUAAAACAUACCAUUGCAUAUAUUUCAAUUAUCUGGAAAAAAAAAUCAGCUUUCCCUGAAAAAGAUGUUGACGGGGAGAAAACUUUUUUCCACUGCUUCCAAAAUUUCCAGACUUUUUAAAAUUGCUAACAGUGAAAAGUAAGCCACCAUUAUUUAAAGUUUAGUCUUGUGAUAAACUAGUGCUAUUCACUUAUUCGCUUUGAAUGAAAACACAAGAUAUUUACUGUAUGGAUUGUAUUCCUCUUAUACCUCCAUUAUUAAGGACCCUUUGUUAUCACAGCUUAAUAAUGCACAAUUAUAUUACCUUCCUUUCAUACUGGGUAUUCCUUUGCUCCAAGAUCACUGGUUUCAAAAAUACUAUUCUGCUCUGCUCUCAUUUUCCAGAAUUCUUAAUCUUCCUUGUGGUUUGUAUUGAUGUAGUCACUAAUAGGAUUGAGGGUAUUAAUUUGGAAAUACAUGCUUGGUGGCUACAGGCAGUAGAGCGACUUUGCAGGUCAGCUGAGCAGCACCAGAAAUGCUUUCAUCUAAUCUGUGCCUGCUAUUCUAAUGGGACAGGCUGGGAAGAACUCUGUUUCUAUGGGAUGUUGAUUCCCCUCUGGAGAUCACUGAGGACACCAUGGCAGUGACUUUGGAAGCAAUGCUAGGUCGGAUCAAGGAUGUUUGUAAAAGGAAUGGUUUACUCAUUCUCUCAGUAUUGUCUGUCAUAGUGGGAUGUCUCCUUGGAUUCUUCCUGAGGACGAGGCGCCUUUCUCAGCAGAAAAUGUUGUGCAAUGUUUGCCCCAAAGAUGCUGGCUGAAGAUGAGAAAUAUGAAUUUGCUCCACCUAUUGAAAUUAGUUAUUUCCAAUUUCCUGGAGAGUUAUUGAUGAGAAUGUUGAAAAUGUUGAUUCUGCCUCUGGUUGUUUCAAGCCUGAUGUCUGGACUAGCAGCUCUCGAUGCUAAAACGUCUAGUCGAUUAGGCAUCAUUACAAUCACAUACUACCUUUGGACUACAUUUGUGGCUGUGAUUGUGGGAAUCAUUAUGGUCUCCAUUAUCCAUCCUGGUGGGGCAGCCCAGAAGGAAAAUACCGAGGAGAGUAGGAAGCCAAUCAUGAGCUCUGCAGAUGCAUUGCUGGACCUAAUUCGGAACAUGUUUCCUGCCAAUCUUGUGGAAGCCACUUUUAUACAGUACCGAACCAAAAGCAUUCCAGUUGUCAAAGCAAGCAAAGCACCAUCUGAAAGUAUUACUCGCCGAAUUAUAGUCUAUGGUGUGCAGGAUGAAAAUGGAUCCAACAUCCAAAAUUUUGCCUUAGAUAUCACACCAUCACCAGAAGUGAUUUAUAAGUCAGAGCCAGGCACUAGUGAAGGCAUGAAUGUGCUGGGAAUUGUAAUAUUCUCUGCUACCAUGGGAAUAAUGCUGGGCAGGAUGGGUGACAGUGGAGUUCCCUUGGUCAGUUUUUGCCAGUGUUUAAAUGAAUCAGUCAUGAAGAUAGUGGCUGUGGCUGUAUGGUAUUUUCCAUUUGGAAUAGUAUUCCUUAUUGCUGGUAAGAUCUUGGAAAUGGAUGAUCCAUCAGCCAUUGGGAAGAAACUAGGAUUUUAUGCUAUUACUGUAGUUUGUGGACUAGUCGUUCAUGGACUCUUUAUUCUGCCAAUGAUGUAUUUCUUCAUCACCAAGAAGAAUCCUGUUGUCUUUAUCAGAGGGAUUCUUCAAGCACUGCUUAUUGCCUUGGCCACAUCAUCCAGUUCAGCCACUUUGCCUAUAACCUUCAAGUGCUUAUUAGAGAAUAACCAUGUGGACCGAAGGAUUGCUAGAUUUGUGCUCCCAGUGGGGGCUACAAUCAACAUGGAUGGAACAGCUCUAUAUGAAGCAGUAGCGGCUAUUUUCAUUGCCCAAGUAAACAAUUAUGAGUUGGAUUUUGGACAGAUCAUCACCAUAAGUAUUACAGCAACGGCUGCCAGCAUAGGGGCUGCUGGAAUCCCACAAGCUGGCCUUGUGACCAUGGUAAUUGUUUUGACGUCAGUGGGGCUGCCUACAGAUGACAUCACUCUAAUAAUUGCAGUUGAUUGGGCUCUGGACAGAUUUCGGACAAUGAUCAAUGUCCUGGGGGACGCUCUUGCUGCCGGAAUAAUGGCACAUAUUUGCAGAAAAGAAUUCACCACAGAUGGAUCUGAGGUACCUUUGAUCAAUGAAACAAAACCCAUUAGCAUCCACAAGAUUAUUGCUUAUCAGAAAAAUGGCUGUGUGAAGUCCAUGAGUAAAAUGUGUGGACCUGAACCAGUCAAAACAAUACUGCAUCACUUACCUAUUCAAGUGGAACAAGAAGAAAAUCACUCAGAAAGUUAUAUAGAGAAAUCCAGCAAUAAAGACCACUGUACUAUUGAAAUCAAUGAAUUGGAAACCAAUGUGUAACUGACAGUUACUCCUGAAGGUAUCUGAAAACAAAGGAAUAGCCUGUAAGUAGAAUUGGGACAUGGUCUUCUGCUUGAAUGGAAAGGCAUGCAAGGACUGCCAUGCAUGAACUGAGGUUAUAAGAUAGCUGUGGACACCUUCUGUGAAGACAGAAGGCUUCAGGGAAGAUGUGUUCCAUUGGUUGGUUGAUUUAGUAAAAAGGAAUUAAUUGCUGGACAAAUUCGGUUUACUUCAGGCAAACAGAUAUGAUGACUUUUUAAAGAAGAAACCCUCUGAUCCAUUUAAAAUGAUUUCUGCUAAAUCACCCUUUCUCUGUCUUACUAAUCAGAAUGAAUAUACCAUAAUUUAAUUAAUGUUCUAUCCUCAGUUUAAAAAUGUGUUACUAGCUAACAUUUGAUUAAGGAUAAACUGUGGAUGGUAUCAAGUCAUGGUUACUGAUCCUGAGUUACGUUAACAAAGUAUUGCUAUUAAUCUCCUGAUUUGGACAUACUGUAAUACUAAGCAGUGGUUAGUUUAAAAUGGAAAUGGUUGGUUCUGAUCUUCUACAGCUGCACAGAUGAAAGGGGAGAGAGCAGUGCAUGAACUCAGUGGCCCUGUGCUGUCACUAAACUAUGAUUCGGUGUUACAUGCUACCUGGGCCAAAACUGUUGUGUAACAAAUCAUUCUUGUUUACAACUUCAUUCUGUUCAGUGUUCUAUGUGAAUAUUAUCUUUCUGGUUGCAGUCCAAAGUGAUGGCUUUAAUUUAUAAAACACUAUAUGGCUUGAUAUCUAGGUACCUUUGGGUCUGCCUCCUCCAACCACGUGAGACCUGUCUGAAGUCUCUCUCCUAGGAGAAACCGUUAGUACUAUCCCCCCACCCCACUUUGGCAGGCGAGGGGAACUGAGGUUCAGAGGUGGUGUUUCUCUAUGAUGGCCCCAGUCAUCUGGAAUGGCCUUUCCAAAAGCAAGGUUGGCUCCGUCAGUAAUAGUCUUCUAGAAGCUAGUUAAAACUGGUGGACUUUGGGUGAAUUGUAAUAUCACUGGGGCUGUGUUAUGUGAUUUUAAUUUUAAUGUAACUUAAUUUUAACUUUAAGUUACCAUGGAUGUUUUAGUGUUGCAUUUUAUAAUUGUUAUGAAUCCUCCAAGAGUCACUUGAUGUGGCAGUAUAAAAAUUUAAGGAAGGAGGGAAGGA